ACCUGGAUUUAAAUACAUUUCUUUUCUGAAUCAGAUAAAGGACCUGAUUUCAGGUUCCUUAAAUGUCGAAGAUGCUACUGUUGAAUUAAGUUGAUUAAAAAGAAAACUGGGAAAAGAAAAUCCCUUAAUGAAUGAAAAUCUAAUUUAUUAAGUGAUUUCCAAGAUCGGUAGAGGUGCCUUAACACAUCCACACUCACACCUGUCUCUUUUUCUUUUUGUUUGUCUUCCAUGGACGAGUGCAUUUUUUAAAAAAGGAUAUUUCCCUGCUCUUUCUCCAAAAAUAGUCCAGGGUGAUUUAGAAGAAUUAAUAACUGGAGAGGCUCUUCCCCUUCAGGGACCAAAGACAAAAAAGAAUGACACAGCACACAAACACAAAAAAAAAGGAACAAAGAAGAAAACAAGUCAAGGCAUAAAAUGAUGUAAAGUUAGUUCACUGUGGCCUUUUUGCCGUUUUACAGGGCUGCGUCGACCCACUUCUGGGUUAUGAUGUCCUUUCAAGAAAAGAGGCUGGGGUUUUUCCAGUGGCUUUGAUGGAUGAGCCUGGCGUGUGUUUCCUUCCGUUCCACAAUCCUAGAUAAUAUAAAUUUGAGUGCAGAGGAAGAAAAAUUACAGGUAUUCAGGAAGCCAGGGUUGGGUGACACAUCUGGGGACUUAAGCAAGCACGCUGGCUGUAGCCCAUCGCUGGGCGCCCAGGGUGGUCCAGGCAUAUGUCCACACACCGAAGGUUGGACUGUGUUGGUGCCAUGUCGUCUUUUGGGAAGCUGACCGAAUACUUCAGCCUCCGGAAGUCCAGGAAUGAAUUUCGAUCCGAUCCACGGAAUAGCCGGAGAAGUGGCAGUUACUGCUGUAAUCUCACCGAAUGCAGGUCGCUCGACCGAAAGUCUCAGAGGCCACUUUUAGGAAAGUCUCGGACACUUCCAAGUAUCCCUCAGUCCCCCGUCAUCAGUCGGGUUCCAUUUUUGGACUCCAAACUGUACAGGAAAGAGAUGCCUGAACAGAAGCCGAUUAGGAAUCACUCUGCCCCGGAUUGUCAAGAAGGUUGCACGGUGCCCUCUACUGGAGAGGCCUGGGAGCUAGAAGAUGACUGCCUGAGUCCUGGGAGAGAGCCCGCCAUGCAGCCACGACUUUGCACUGUGAUGGAUGAGGCCGCUUUCAGGGCCAUCCGGACUCGGUCUUUCUACAUGAGGAAGAGUCUAUCGGUGGACAACCAUCUAAGCUCCCUCAGCUAUUCUCUCCCCACAGCCGAAACGAAGACGGAGCGGGUCAAAACGAAGCUUCGGCGGCAGUUUAGCCUGGGAUCGGCAGACAAGAAGGAUUUGUACUCUUCAAAGUCUUCCUCACCAAAAAUGACCCAGCAACUAAGAGAUCUGCAGUUAGCCCACGCUCGAAAACAGCCGGGACCAUCAUCCCCAAAUGCCGCCAAGAGGCUUUAUCGGAAUCUCUCUGGGAAAUUCAGAGUUAACUACAUGUCAUUUGAUGAAGGAAACCUAGCCGGGAAAGCUGAAAAGGAGAAGCAGCGAAAAUCCUACUUGUUUCAAGGCAAUGCUGCUCUCUUUGAGGCUGUUGAGUUGCAAGACCUGGAUAAGGUGGAAGAGCUGCUUAAGCAAUACAGUCUGGAGGAAUUGGAUCUUAAUACUCCUAAUAGUGAAGGUCUCCUGCCACUAGAUAUUGCAAUCAUGACCAACAACUCGCCCAUUGCCAAGACCCUCUUGCUGGCUGGAGCCAAGGAAAGUCCUCACUUUGUAAGCCUGGAGAGUCGGUCUUUGCAUCUGGCAACCCUGGUUCGGGAAGCAGAACAGCGGGUCAACGAUCUCACCGCGCAGGUGGUGAACGAGGUGCCCGACGCGGAAAGCUCAGAAAAAGAGAAACAGCUGAAGGCCUGGGAAUGGCGCUACCGGCUUUACAAGCGCAUGAACGCCGGAUUUGAGCACGCACGAGUUCCAGAUCCACCUACAAAUGUCCACCUUUCAGUGGCCAGCAGCACCUCUGUCGAAGUGUCAUUUCAGGAGCCUCUAAGUGUCAAUUCAGCGAUUGUCACCAAAUACAAAGUUGAGUGGAGCUGCUCUCCCUCUUUUUCCCCACCGCUGGGCGAAAUGGUGAUUGACAAGCUGAAAAAACUCCAGAUCACCAUCCACGGCCUUGUCUCGGGUACAGCUUAUUAUGUCCAGGUGUCUGCCUACAACAUGAAGGGCUGGGGACCCCCCCAAACCUCCCUACCAGCCUAUGCCAUCCCCUCAAACUGGAGAGAAUACGAUGGGAGGGCUCCACGUCAGAGAGGACAGGCCGAAGCUCUGGACCAUCUCCUCAACCAGGUGAAGAUGGUGCACCAACACUGUGUGUGUCAUGAACCGUGUAAGAACCAACCCCAGAGUAGAAAACAUUCUGUCUCCAAAAGUCUCAAAUACCUCUUUCAUCCUGGUAGCAAAUUUUUAAAGACCCUGAAAAGGGGUCUCUAUCUCGCCUCCAUUUUCUACAAGGAUGACAAUAUUCUGGUGACCCCCGAAGACCAGAUCCCGGUGGUGGAGAUUGAUGACACCUAUUCCUGCUUGCUUAUGCAGGAUUUCCUCUGGUUCACCAAGGUGUCGUGCAUGUGGGAUGAAAUCAUGUGGCUGCGACAGUGCGUUUCCGUCUCCCAGUCUUCCUGUUCGUGUGUUCUCCAAACGCGCUUCAAGAUGCUGCUGGCCAUCUCACAGAUGCAGGGUCUGCUAGGAAUUCAAGACCUGGGUCAGGUGUUCUUCGAACCCAUCAAAGACAAGCAAGGGAACAUUUUGGUGGUCACCCUAAAAGAAGUGAAGACCAGCCAGACUUUUGAGAGCGUUCGCUGGGUCCCUCUGUCAAAGCUGCAGACCACUCGCAAGUCAAUUUCUUCCCCCGAAGAACCUACAGCUCUGGAUGUCCUUCUCAUGACCAUGCAGGAGAAAUUAGCUUACCAUCAGAACAGCAGCCAGGCGCUUCCCCCUGGACUUUAUCUGGGUUACCUGAAGCUUUGCAGCGCAGUUGACCAGAUCCGAGUAUUGGUGCCGGAACAGUUACCCAACAUCUUAUGUCAUGUGAAAAUACGGAGCAAUCCCAACAUAUCCAGAGAGGAAUGGGAAUGGCUGCAGACCCUGGCUAGCAUGGAAGACCCUGUUCCCUCAGAGCAAGAACUGGAAACUUCUCAGCAGCUUUUUCUCCAGGAGCUCCAAGGGGCCAUCAGAGAGUUGAUGCAACUGGUCAACAUCCCACUUCACGAGGCCAAAGAUUUCCGCCUGUACAGUCAGGAAGUUCUGGACUUUGGAAGGCAGGUCUCUUUUCUUCUACUUCUUCCUCCUUCAGAUGAUGUGUGUACUGCUCCUGGCCAGAAUAACCCUCACACCCCUCGGACUGGCUUCCUCACCCUUCCUCUUCAGAUCUUCGAGCUAGUUCACUUCUUCAUUUACGACCAUGAAUUCAUUAGCCAGUAUUGCCAAGUAUCUGCAUUUCUAGAGCUGGAAUCACUGCUCUCUCAACAGAGCCUCAGGGAGGCCUUUUCAGACGCAGAAGUAACUACUGCCAAACAGCGGCACCAACAAGUUCAGGAUUAUAUACAGCAAAUGGAAGAGAUUUGGCGAGAAAUGCGUUGGAUGAUGGAUGCCUUGCAACAUGCCCGGUACAAGCAACCAUCUUGUGGCCUCCCACUUGUGUGGUUCAUCAAAGAAUCGGGCACAGCACAAAAUGAGACAACUCAGUCAACCUCUUCUCACUUAGACUUCCUUCCCUCGCCAAACCCGUCUCCUGAAAUGAGCCGUAAGCUCAACUCUGACUCGCACGGGGUCUCAGAUGAGGAGGGCUCCUCAGAAGUGUUCUUAGCCACCGACAGUGAUUAUGACUCCAGCAGCGCCCAGAGCCCCCGGGAACUGGAUCUCGUCUACUCGUCCUCAGGCCUCGAAUGCUAUAGGAGGAGAACCCCCCGCCCUCUGAGGGACAGCGCCCCGGACGUCCUCCAGAGCCAUGAGCUCAAGGUGCCCGCCAUGCCUGCCAAGGAGCCUCCAUCCCUCUCCGAGCAAUACGACAGUGAUUUUGUGCUUCCCAGCCGGCAGAUUGAACUGCUACGCAUCACGGAGAAAAGGCAGGCCUACUGCGUCCGGACCAGCAGUCUGGAUUUCCCCAAGCCCUUUUGCCACGGAGCCAGGAAGUCUUGCCCUGGUUCGGUGGACAGCUCCCCAACCGAGAGCAGGACUGCUGCCCACUGCAGCCCCGUGCCAACCAUAACGAGGUCGGCUUUCAGCUCCAGCCACGAUUGGCAUGCAGAGAGCUCAGGGGCCGUGUUUCGGACACGUUCAGUAGAGUGGACUCAGACCUUCCGGGACACCUCUGAGCCGGGACAUGUAGCAAACUGGGCCAGGUUGCCAGGUUCUUUCAUCGUACGUGUGUGCGCUCAGUACGAAACGGGGCUCUCCAAAGAAACCAGCGUCAAGCUGCCCCUCACUAACAAGAUGUUGGCAGAAGACGUGGUGAAGUUGGUGGUCCAGGAGACGAACGAGGUCUCGCGUAAAGUCCUGGGAAACGCCAACUCUGUCUGCUACAGCGAAGAGCAGUUGGGCCACUUCGCACUAGUGUUCGUAUCGGAUGACGUGGAACAGUGGCUCCCCAACAAUUUUCUCCCCCUCUCGCUCCAAAAGACCUGGCCCAAUGGGAGGUUCUACGUCCGAAUCAAAGACACGUCCCCUCUCUUGUUUCGGUAUGGCCCAGCAACAACAGUAUGAGAAGAGGGACACCAGAAGGAGAACAAAAAUGAGGACUAUCCAACUUCCAAUGAGCAGAAAGCUCAUCACCAAUGCUUCCUUCUGAACAGACACUUUCAUGCCAGACGUUGUGGGCCAGAAGCGUAUUGGGCAGUGUGUUGCUUUUGUACGUUUGUGUGUGUGUAUGUGCAUGCGUGCGUGUGUAUGUGUGUGUGUGUAUGUGUGUGUUUUAUUUUACCAAAGAGACAACAAGACCUGGUUGUUAUGACCUCAGUAAGUGAGGGUGAAACCCAGGAGCCUUUGGGGGUGGUGAAAUUCAAUUUUUGAUCAGCCGAGAAAAAAGCUAGUUAGGGAUAAAGAAGCAAUAUGUAAUAAUAUUUUUUUUUCAGUCGGAUCAGCGUAAAAGAGAGAGAAAGGGGAUGUGGGCGUGUUCUUGAAAAAAAAAUGCUGGGAAUACAUCAGAGGUUCUCCUGGAGAGGGAAAGGCCCAUGGCAAUCUCACAAAUUUACGUUCUGUUAAUCUGUUUCUGUUUCAUUGUACCUGGAGAAGUAGGAAAUUGUCCUUAAUUCUUUGAACAAAUUCUCCUCUUUGUCUUAAUUCCAUCCUGGCUAUUUUGGAACACAGAAUAUUGUGGGUGUUCAAAAUCUGUAGAAAGCAGAGAAAUCCUUUCUCUGUCCAAAGUUUAAGAGGUCAGACUUUUAUCUUUGGGAUUAAAAACCUCAUCUUGGUAGGAAGACUGAAUCAACCUUUCAUUUCAUUAGCACUUCAGUCUUAGAAUGAUCCAACUUGGGCAAGUGGCAGGAUUGGUUGGUUUCCUGAUGUUUUUUAAGAGCUGUGCUUUACUACGAGGCCUUGUGAUUCCUCUCCCUGAUCUAUCUUCUUCCUUCUAUUUCUUUUGGAAGGUACACAGAUAAGCAAUUAUUGGGAGUCAGCUGUAAGAUUGCUUGGAUUAGGAAUGACUUCAUUCUGUCUUCUAUUACAGACUUGGUUCAAUGUUGGGAAGCAAUGACCAUCCUUUUCUAUCUCCAAGAGGAAAAUGGAAACCUCUGCCAGACCAACCAGAUUUUCAUCUUUCCUAUAAACAAGAGUAGCAUUGAACAUAUCCAGUGCUAACAACAUUUGUUGAGUUCAAACCACAGAAGAGUUUAUUAUUGCACCUAUAAUGGUCAAAGCUAAAUUGGUGCUAGAUAAGGGUCAACAGAAUUCAAGGGAUGUCUCUUGUGGCUAUGCAGUGAUUCCAAACUGAUGGCACUUUUAACCCCACCUUCUAGCUCAGCUCGUUCUCCUACAGAACAGAGGACUUUAAAGAAACUCAUGUAGACAUUCUAGUGGAAGCAGAGAAGAACUUAACGAAGACCUAGAACAAAGCACAAGCUAAUAACAUUCAUUCCCCACCUUCUGCCUGAAAAAGGUGCAAACAAAAAGAUUUCUUUGGAUGAAGGGUGUACAAUGAAGAGUGUGUAAUCAUCUACAAUGACUUUUGAUUUGGUAUCUCUUGUCCAGAAUCUCUAGAGAAGAGGGGACCACAUCUGAAAUUGUUCAUGGAAUUGUGUAAGAGCCUUCUGGAAGACCAUCCCUAAUCUCUUGGACCAUGGCUAAGCCUAAGUUCUCAAAUGAAUAAUGCUGUAGAAGAUAGUGUCCACAUUGCAGCUUUCAUCUACAUAUUAUAAUCCAGACUGCAUUGUUCCGUUUCAGAUUAUAGGUUAAGGAGAAGACAUGGUAAUAUCUUAAUUACUACUUGGGGAAUCCACACCCCAUUCUUAUCAUUAUAAGAGUCGUCCCCUGUAGCAACAGAGUUAAUUUUCAAGGAAGAUGGUCCAGAAAAUCUGAGCAUGUAAACAGCGAGAGGCUGGCAUUAAGAACAUUCAGACUGCUGCUAGCAUCCUUCCAAUUUCAUAUUGAUAUUAUUUUAAUUGGUGAUUGGGUUCAGGUCACUAAAUGAACUGUUGGAAGUGGAGGGCUACCUGUAUAAUAAUGUUUUAAAUAAAGAAUAUUGUAGGGAAUGGACUCAUCUCACCCAAAGUAUACUGAGUGAUCAGAAUUGAUUGAGAAGCCAGACCUGGAUCAGCAGGCAGGCUGACGUUACUGUCUGAACAGACAUAUUGCUGGAGUAUUUCAGCAAAUAACAAACUUGAGGAACUGUGAAGCAUCUCUUCCUGAAUUCGAGAACCAUCUAUGCAGGCUUGUGGUUGAUCUUAAUCACCCCUUCACCAUGACAUGGUCUUGUUUCAUUUGAUCCACACACUUCUUCCACAAAUUUCCUCCUGUAUCUUUUCUUUCUGUAGCUGAUUUGUCUUUGUCGUGUAGACCAAUACUAGUGCCUUUUCCAAUAUGCGAGGUGUUAGUUUACAGAACUAGUGGGAUUUACAGCAAGAACCAGGAUCUUGAGGUGGCCAAGUAGGACAUCUUCCAUGGCUGGGGUUGAGACUUUUAUCUGCAGCCUAGCCAGUUUUAGACAGCAUCUUAGACAUAGAGGCAGAACGUAUAAGAGUUCUCCAUCUUCCUCUCUUUGAUGAGCAAUUUCAUUAACAGCAAUACUAUUUCAGCCUGUUGACCAAGAUCAAUUGUAGUAUCUAUCGGACUAUAUUAUUUUGGGAAGACUUCCUCAACUGCUGACUCGAGAAGAGCUUUCCCAUGAAAAUGACAAGCAAGGAUGCUUUGUGGUGGCUGCAGGAUUAACUACAGCAAGGAUAUGAUGCCCUAUUUUAAGAGAGCGACAUUUUAUCUGAAUUCAACUAUCCCAUCAUCCCAGCAUCUCUUUCUAAAAAGGGUUGCUCUUGAUAGGCCCUCUUAGCUAGGAUUCUUCUCAACAUACUUCUUCUUCAGAAACUUUCUCAGUGGCCAUCACCGAUGAAUAGUCUGCACCAGGCUCUUUGUCUAAGAAUUGAUGUACCUUUUACAGAGAUCCAGGUAUAUAAAUUGGAUUCUUUGUUCAUGGGAAAGAAGAGGGGAAAAAUGUAUUCACCAUAAAUGAUCAGAGAAAUUGCUCUUUCCCUUCCAGGGUGUUUAAAAACACUAUGAACCUCUAUUGCACAUUAUUGUCUCACCUGCCACUUUUCAAAAUCCUAAAAUAAGGUCCACACUUGUGGUUGAUCUCCCUUUCUACAGUUCUUAUCAUCUGUGCUCCUGAAUGUGGUGGUGGGGACGUGGACAUGGUUCCUCUUCUGCCCUGUCUGGUCCAAAUACGCUCCUCACCCAAGUAUGGUUGAAAGUCGAAAACAUCUUCUUAUCUGGAGGUGGUUCUAUCCCAUUUAUAACAGCUAGAUGCACAAAGAAUUAAAUCUGGUGGUAACCAAAAGGCUCCCCUUUAGUUCUGUUUCCACAAAGACAUGGAGAGAUGUGCAGAAGGCAGUUUUUGCUGUCAAAGGUGUGCGAAGAGAACAUCUGCUGUGACACUUGAGUUGUUAACUUUCUUCUUCCUUCCCUUCCCAGUUGCUGUUUUGUUUCUGUGAUUGUGAAGAAUUACUCUUGUACAUCCAAUAGCAUGUUUCGUUGGCCGUGAGGUCCCUUUGUUAGCUGCUACUAUUAACAGAACUGUGGUCCACAGUAAACACAGCUAUCCUGCUGAGUAUGGUCCCAUCUUUCUUCACAAAUGCCCUUUGGGGGAACGUCUCCAGACCUUUUGACCUGGAGGUCAUAUUUUUGAACCUGAGUUCUGGGAAACACGGUCUUGCGCAGGAGGAGAGACGUGUCCACGAUGGGUCUAUGACAAUUCGCCGCGGCCAACUCACUACGGUCAACUUGCCACAGGACAAGAGUUACACUGAUAUCAAAGAAAUGGUAGAAUAGAAUCAUUGAAGGAAGGAUGCAGAAGGAGGGACAGAAUGAAAUGUGAAUGGCAAAAAUUAAAAUAACUUUUUAUUUAUUUUAAAUCAUUAAAUCGAAUUGUUCAAUUGUUCCACAGCGGGUUCUCCAUGGUGAGUUGGUCGUGGCAAGUUGUCCCAUUCCCGUCCAUGAAUACACAUAAUAGAGGAUAAUCCAUGUCUAAUUCAACAAUGUAGGAACCAGAUCAAGGCUUAUGAGUUGGAUUAUUUUUUGAAGGAUUGCAAUUCAAAAUGAGAGGGGAGGGGGUAAACCUGGGAGAAGGACCAGAAAAUUAAGCCAAGUGUAAGCAUACAGGCUGAUCUUUUCCCCAAGCAGGAUGAACGUUUAUAUAAAAAAUGAACUCAGCCCUGCAACUGUGUGUGUGUAAAUGUAAAUAACAUCAAUCACAUUCCC